CCGGGAUACAGCCGCCUCUGGCUUGUGCUUUACAGGUUGCGCGGGGAAAACCGGCCGCUCAAAUCUCUCCGCUUCCCUGGGUCGCUGAGCCACCGGAGAGCUCCCGCCGCUUGCGGGAGAGGACGAGCCGCGCCUGCCGCCUCCCGCCCGAGGUGGUGGGCGAGGUGACUCCAGACUCACUAGAGGCCUCUUGUCUUGCCGAGAGAUCUGAUUCCGGCAUCUGAAUUGAGCCUACCUUGUAUAAAAGCUAAAGGAAAUGACGUGAUUAUCACGAGAGUGUACUUGAGAGGCUACAUGAGUGGUGACAGAGGGAUCGCGCGUCCAGACCCAUCAAGACUCCUGCCAUCCUAGUUGGGGAAGCUCUCAUUUUAAAAAGUAAAUACAUACAUUGAAGCUUGGGACAAGAUAUUUAUUUAAUUUCCGUGGCAAAAUUAAAGACCUGCCAUGACAAUGAAGAAGGAGACAGAAUUUGUCAUUUUCACCUGAAGAAAGAUGAUAGACAAAAAUCAAACCUGUGGUACAGGACAGGAUUCUGUGCCCUACAUGACUUGUCUGAUUCACAUACUUGAAGAAUGGUUUGGUGUGGAGCAAUUGGAGGACUAUUUGAAUUUUGCAAACUAUCUCUUGUGGGUUUUUACACCACUGAUACUUUUAAUACUCCCUUACUUUACAAUAUUUCUUCUCUACCUUACUAUUAUUUUCUUACACAUUUAUAAGAGGAAGAAUGUAUUAAAAGAAGCCUAUUCUCAUAACUUAUGGGAUGGUGCAAGGAAGACAGUGGCAACUCUGUGGGAUGGACAUGCAGCAGUUUGGCAUGGUUAUGAAGUUCAUGGGAUGGAAAAAAUACCAGAAGGACCAGCACUUAUAAUUUUUUAUCAUGGAGCUAUUCCCAUAGAUUUUUACUACUUCAUGGCUAAAAUUUUCAUCCAUAAAGGCAGAACUUGCCGAGUAGUAGCUGAUCACUUUGUCUUUAAAAUUCCAGGGUUUAGUUUAUUACUUGAUGUAUUUUGUGCUCUACAUGGACCAAGAGAAAAAUGCGUUGAAAUUCUGAGGAGUGGUCACUUGUUAGCUAUUUCUCCAGGUGGAGUUCGAGAAGCCCUGCUUAGUGACGAAACCUACAACAUCAUAUGGGGCAAUCGUAAAGGCUUCGCUCAGGUUGCAAUUGAUGCGAAAGUGAUGAGGAAACUCAGGCACAGAGAGAUGAAGGGAUGGAGGGAUCAGGUCAUUCAGCAAGGCAGAAGCAGAGCAGAGCGUACAGUUCAGGACUGCAGGCAGCUGGUGCUGUUGUCAUCCCUGACUGCAUUUCACAGCAUUUUUCUAGUUGCUGGGAACAGAGCUGUGAAUAAAACACUGUCCCUAUUAUUAGGUGCCUUCCUUCCGCCCAUUAUUCCUAUGUUUACACAAAAUAUCCGUGAAGGAUUUAGAUCACUUGGAGGAACAAGGUUAUUUAGGUGGCUUUAUGAAAAAUUCCGCUAUCCAUUUGCUCCAAUGUAUGGAGGCUUCCCAGUGAAGUUAUGCACCUAUUUAGGUGAUCCUAUUCCAUAUGAUCCAAAGAUAACAGCAGAAGAAUUAGCUGAAAAGACAAAGAAUGCUGUUCAAGCUUUGAUUGAUAAGCACCAAAGAAUACCAGGAAACAUUAUGAGUGCUUUGUUAGAACGUUUUCAUAGAAAACAAGAGGUCAACUAGAAGAUGAUUUAAUGAAUUUGUAUUAAUAUGUUUGUGUCUAUAGUACUCUUUUAAAUUUUAUAGGCUGUAUAAUAUCUUUUUAAAAAUCAUGUUAGCAUCUUUCACUGAACUUGUUUGUUUAAAGUUGUAUUAUUGGUUUGGUGUUUGCAAUCAGUUAUGUCAAAUUUAAAUAAUAGUUUGUUAUAUGCUUAAUUCAGAGAAUGAUCAUUUUCUUUUUAUAAAUUCCUGUAAUGUAUGAUAACCAUUUACAUUUUUAAAGUUGAGUUUAUGAAUAACAGCAGUUUAGGGUAAACAAACAUUCCUAAAUAAUGCAUCUAAUUUUUGUAUCUGUUGCACUGAGCUAAUUUUAUAGAAUAUAAUGACCAAGGGUUUUGUAAAGACUAAGAAAUAAGUUAGAAGGAAAAUGCCCUUUUAUCUAUCCCUCAUUACUUUCAUUACUUUGGGCAAAUCAUGUAAUGUUUCUGUGCUUCAACAAUUUACUUUUUAAAAACAUGUUAAUACUAUGGUGAGGAAUAUUAUCUUAACUUGUUUAUAUUUGCUGUGAUUGAUAACUAUAAAACUGAGAUUAUAACUGAAUUAACUAAGCAAUACCAAGAAUUUUUAGAAGCUUAUGUAUAUAUUUCUAUAUAGGUUGUUUAAAUUAUUUCUUUAGGUAUAAUGUCAAGUUGCCAAGCACAAUAAAAAAAACUCUACUGUCUUUCAAAGUGAAUAAAAAAGAAAUUAGGAAAAGUAAAAUUCUAAUUAUUGUUAUUAUUUUUAGUAUUAUGUUUUUAAUGAGAAUCUACAGACAGUAUAGGAUAUGUUGUACAUUGUCAGCCCUAUAAUAGGCAUUUAAUAGCAUAAGGUUACAAAUUACUGUUGUGCUCUGCAUUUCAUAUGUUAGAAGCUGAUUCUAGGCUGAUAAAAGCAGAGAGCUAAAGGAGGCUCUGCUUAUGCUCAGUAUUGUGGUUUAUUCAGUUUGACUUUGCAACCAGUCAAAUGGUUUAUUGUUUCAAUAAAAAUAUACUUGAAUGAUGAAUUUAUGUGAACACAAAGCUUUCUGAAAAAUUAAUGGCUUUUGAUUUUUUGUCUCCUUGAAAUAUGAAUUUUAAAAGUAUUUAAACAGAAUAGUUCCAGAAAUCAAAUGCAGUGUCUCUCUCCCUUUUUUGGCUAUUAAAUUACUUGGAUUUUUGUAUAGUUUUUUGUAUAUCAAGUAUGUAUGUAUCAUAUCUAUAAUGUAUAUAAAACUAAGCAACAUAAAAAUAAAAGUAAAGCUGAAAUGCAGGUCAUUUUCUUGUGAAAAUUGCAUGUGACAUUCUCAUUUUAAAACUGAUUUUUUUGUUUUACUGUUUAUUCUCAUCCACAAUCAUACUCAUCUAUUUCAGCCAACAUGAAGAAACCUUACUUUCCAAUGUAAUAAAUACACUUUAAUUUCAA